AGACACAGGCCUGAAACGGUCCUUCCACCACGAGGUGGCGCUGCAGUUCUGCAGACUCCCUCAGCACAGCGCCGGUAGAAGAAGAGAAGCUGCGCUGUUUCCGGGAGGUGUUUCGGCCGAUGGAUGAAGCGCAACAGCUACAUCCACAAAACCAUUUCACAAUCAAUAACAAACAAAAUUAGUGAGGUGCGUGAUGUCCGGUCAGAAGCGCCCCAGUGAUCCCAGUAGCUCUGCCCUCCUCGGUGCUCCUCCAGAGAAGAAGAAGGGAGGUGAGGAUGGAGAGGGAAUGAGCACUGGGUCAGGAGGAAGCACUGCUGUGGAAACCGUCAUCAAACUGGGAGGAGGAUCCAACCUGGAAGAACAAGAUAUAAAAGCCCUGCAGAUCAAAAACAGGAAGUUGGGAGAAUCCCUAGACCAAAGACAGGUGAUUGAGGAUGAACUGAGAGAGAGAGUUGAGAGGUUGGAGACUCGUCAGGCGACAGAUGAUGCAAGUUUGUUGAUUCUAAACAGAUACUGGAACCAGUUUGAUGAAAAUGUGCGAUUAAUUGUUCAUCGCUAUGACCAAUCGGGGAGUGAGCCUGUGGAAAGCCAACCGCCCGAAGGCCGGAGCUUAAAACCUGGAACACCAGAACCAGAUGGAGACUCGAACCAGGAGCGUGCAAAAGACAGAGGUCAACAGGGGGAGGGAGUGAGCUCUUUUCUGGCCACGCUGGCCAGCAGCAGCAGCGAGGAGAUCGACACAGAGUUGAAGGAGCGAGUGGAGUCCAGCUGCAAACAGGCCAGUCGUGUGGUGGAAAUCUACGAGAACCUGAAGAACACGGUUGAUCAACUGAAGAAGGAUGUGGAGUCUGGAACAGGUGGCAGUCUCUGGGACGCCGCUGUCCGCCUCAACACCCUCCUGACCAAUGAGAAUGAACGUCUCCGCCAACUGACCAACAGCCUCCAGCAGAAGCAUAGCCACAUGACCAGUGAGUCUCGUUCUUUGGGUCGCGCGGCUAAUCGUGCUGAUAACAGGAUCAGUGAGCUGCAGGGUCUUAUUGAGGAGCUGCAGUGGGACAUGGAGAAAAUCAGACGGAGGGAGAAUCGCCUCAACACACACCUCGCAGAGGUGCUAGAAAGGGUGAACAGCAAAGGUUAUAAGGUGUGUGGCGAAGCCAGCAGUGUAUGUGGAACCAUCACAAUCAACAAAAGAAAGUUUGAGGAGAUGGACAGUGAGUUGGAGGAGAACAGGGAGCUGGCGGAGAACCGGCUCAGUGAGCUCCAGAAACUCCAGCAGGACCUGCAGACAGUUUACCAGGAGAACAAUAACAUGAAGUUGGAGUUGUUGUCCAGGGCUGAGGAGGUGGCCAGAGAGAGUGCUGAGUAUCGCUGUCUGCAGUCUCAGUUCUCUGUGCUCUAUAACGAAUCACUGGUGCUGAAAUCGCAGCUGGACGAGACCAAAGCACGGCUCAACACGACCAGGACCGCCCGCCUGCGCCAGCUGGACCACAUGGAGAACGACGAGGUGUCCUUGCAGCGUAAGGUCCGCACUGAAGUGAUUCAGUUGGAAGACACGUUAGCACAGGUGCGCAAGGAGUACGAGAUGCUCAGGAUCGAGUUUGAGCAGACAUUAGCUGCUAAUGAACAAGCAGUGCCUUCUCGUUCUUUCUCAGGUCCUAUAAACCGUGAGAUGAGACAUUUGAUCAGUACGCUGCAGAAUCAUAACCAGCAGAUGAAGGGAGAAGUGGUCAAGUAUAAACUCAGACUGAGAGAGUCUCAGCAAGAGCACAACCAGCUCCGUGUUGCCAAAGGUAAUGCUGCUGUCCAAUCACAGUCGAGCACAGAGAUGGAUGUGAAGGAAGAGACCGCCUCCCCUUUAACACCCGCCCCGACGGGUGACGUCACUGUGAAGACCGAACCAGAUAGCGGCUCCGCCACACCCAGCACAACUGGUGCAGCGGUUAAGACUGAACCAGGUACGGAUGCGGAGACUGCGGUGAAAGAGGAGGAAAAAGAAAAGGAUAAGGAAAAGGAGAAAGAAAAAGACAAGGAAAAAGAGAAGGAGCAGAGAGAACGAGAGAGGGUGACUCGUGGGAGUACUGGAGGCAUAGCGGUGAAAGAAGAAAGAGAGAAAGCCAGCACUAGCAGCAGCCAAUCAGAAGACUUAGCAGUUGAACGCUGCACUGUGAUUGGAGGACCUAAACGCAAGGAGGUGGAGCAGCUGAAAAUAGUACGGGUGGAGCUGAAGAAAGCCCAAGAGUCCCAGAGGGAGAUGAAGCUGUUGUUGGACAUGUACCGCUCGGCACCGAAAGAACAGAGAGAUAAAGUACAGCUGAUGGCAGCGGAGAAGAAGGCGAAGUCAGAGGCCGAGGAGCUCCGUCAGCGGUUGCGAGAGUUGGAGGAGAGAGAGAGGAGAGAAGGAAAGAAGAUGGCCGACGAAGAGGCCCUGAGAAAGAUCCGCUCAGUGGAGGAGCAGAUCGAUAUACUCAAUAAGAAACUCUCUCUUGCUAAGCAGGAGGAAGAUGCUUUGCUGAGUGAAAUGGAUGUUACUGGCCAGGCAUUCGAAGACAUGCAGGAGCAGAACAUUCGUCUGAUGCAGCAGCUCAGAGAGAAAGAUGAUGCCAACUUCAAACUCAUGAGCGAACGCAUCAAAUCCAACCAGAUCCAUAAACUCCUCAAGGAAGAGAAAGAGGAGCUUGCCGACCAGCUGCUCACACUUAAAACACAAGUGG